GGACUAUUCUUCUGUUCUUCUUUACGACUGGUCACAUAAAUUAACUAUUAAUGUGAUUUAAGAUUAUAGCUCAAGUGUGUAAGUUUUUUAACGUUGCAUUUUCAGUUUCCGCUGCUUGUUAUACAUAUAUAGAAUCAAAAAGCAUCAGCUAUGACCUAACCUCGAAUCAGAUUCCAUGCUCGCCUGAUGGUCAACCAAUAGUGACGUUAUCAAACGUUUUCCGCAUGUAAAGUUCGUAAUUUUUCGAUUAUAAUAAGAUGUCAUUUGUUCGACUGACUCUACAAGCUAUUGGUAACGCAGGCCGCACUGGAUUGCAUCGGGUUAUAUCAGCGAGAGGUAUUUCACAGAGCUUCGUUCGCUGCGAACAGCAACAAGCACAACUCGAAGACAAUGUAAAUGAGGAAGGUGCUGAAGUCGACUCUGAGCCAAAGGUUGAUCCUAGAAGUGAUAGAUCCAAAGUUAUCCCAGUCGAAACUAGUAUUUCAUAUCUUGAGAGCGAAGCUUAUAAACUAGCUUAUGGGGAUGAUCCAGUAUGGAAACAUUAUCGAAGAAACUUUAAGGGUCAGUUUGCUCCGACACGAACCAGAAAAACUUGUGUAAGAAACAAAGUUAUUACCACGAGUAAUCCUUGUCCUAUAUGCAGAGAUGAAUAUUUGGUAUUAGAUCAUAGGAAUACUAAACUGCUAAAUCAAUUUAUUUCUCCAUACAACGGUGAACUCCUGCAAACAAAAAAAACUGGUCUUUGCCGAAAGCAACAUGAGAAUCUUGAAGUCGCUAUUUACAGAGCUAAGGAUUAUGGGACCAUAAGUUUUGAUGUUCCCUUCAGAACAUAUGAUUACUCUGAAUGGUAUAAUCCUGAAGCUGAAUCUAAUAACAAGGAAUAGAGUGAUAUAAUACCCGUAUAAUAGUGAUACAUCAACGUCAUAAUGGAAGCCACUUUUGUAAUAAUUGGUGGGGGCAUUUCAGGAGUGUCUUGCGCUGAAAGUAUUGCAUUUCUUGCUCCUAAUGAAAGUAUAAUUUUAAUAACAGCAAGUCCAUUGAUAAAAGCCGUUACCAACGUUGUAACUCUUGGAAAAACAUUGACACAAUUUGAUGUAGAAGAACGCUCAACAAACUCAUUGACGGAACUGUAUCCGUCAAUAAAUGUAAUCAACGAUGUAGUAGCUGAAGUUGACAAAAACAAAAAAACUAUAAAAACAGAGAGUGGAAAUAUAAUUAGCUAUAAGAAAUUGUGCAUCUGUACAGGAGCACGGCCGAAACUGAUUUGCGAAAAUAACAUCAGAGUCAUAGGUAUUCGCGACACUGAAUCAGUAGAAAAGUUUAUGGAAAAAUUGAAAGAAGCCAAGAGAAUCGUUGUGGUCGGGAAUGGAGGAAUCGCAACCGAACUUGUUCACGAAAUAAGCGGAGUCGACGUAGUAUGGGUAAUAAAAGAUAAACAUAUAUCAGCAACGUUUGUUGACCCUGGCGCUGCGGAAUUUUUCCAAGAGAAACUUUUGAAAAAGGAUUCAGAUACAGAGAGUAAACCUGUUAAACGAAUGAAGUACACAAUAACAAGUGGUAAGUCUGAAAAAGGUGGACCUGCGCUUGGACCAGACUGGCACAAUAAUUUUAAAUUAAAGGAUUCUCGUGCUUUGCCAACUUCUAUUCAAGUAGAAUAUGAAUGUGAAGUACACAAAAUUAUAAAUCAAUCAGAAAUUAGUCACAAUGAAACAGAAAAAUGGCCUAUCUAUGUAGAGUUAACCAAUGGUAAGAUCAUAGGAUGCGAUAUUGUAGUUUCUGCUACUGGUGUCAUACCAAACAGUAAUAUGGUUGGAUUAGAAUCCUUGAAGAAAGCAACAGAUGGUGGUUAUAUCGUUGAUUGGAAGUUAGAGACGUCAGAAAAGGAUAUUUUUGCAGCUGGAGAUGUUUGUACGGCAGGUUGGGAUAUUGCAUGGCAUUGGAUCCAGAUGAGAUUAUGGACUCAAGCCCAUCAAAUGGGUCGUUAUGCUGCAAAAUCCAUGUUUUCUACGCUGAUAGAUGAAGAGUUUUUACAAGAUUUUUGCUUUGAGCUUUUUACACAUGUGACCAAAUUUUUUGGUUAUAAAGUAAUUCUGCUUGGGCUCUACAAUGGGCAAAAGUUAGACAAGGAUUAUGAAAUUUUGUUAAGAGUAACCAAAGGACAUGAAUACGUUAAACUUAUUCUUAGUGAUGGAAAAUUACAAGGAGCAGUCUUAAUUGGAGAGACAGAUUUGGAAGAAAUGUGCGAAAAUUUAAUACUUGAUCAGCUAGAUCUUAGUAUAUAUGGUGAAGAUUUGUUAAAUCCAGACAUCGACAUAGAGGACUACUUUGAUUAAGUAUUAAAUAGUCUAUACCGUAGCGAUUCUAUAUAUCCUUCCUAAUAACAAUACAAAACUGACAUCUGUCUAUAUUGAAAAAAAAUUGAAAAAAGUUUGUACUUUCUGUAAUAAAUAGGUUUAUUGUUAAA